GAGCGAGUCUCCCAAUUCCGCUGCUGGCUCAGCAUCCAUCCUGCAUGAGACGAUGUUCCGGAGAGCAGGUGGCGCCUAGUGGAGGAGACGCGCGAGCGGCCAAAAUCAAUCGACGAUGGGAGGACACCCGACCGAGAGGAAUAGUCUGCCGUCCCUUCCUCUUGUCUGGGCUUGAGCCUCUUGAAAGUUUCCACUCCUCCGCACCACCACUACCCUGUGCAGUUUUUUUUUCUCUUUCUUCUUUUUUUUUCUCUCAGAGGGGUGCAUCGCCAGAGCCGCGAAGAAGGCGACGAGGAGCCCUUGUGGAGAUGUUCACCGUCCAGGUGGAGGAAUUAUAGACAGACGCAUUCCUCACAAUCCUGCCUUUCACACGGAUUAGGCGUGUGUCGCGCCAAGUACAUUCAAAUCGGAUUCGGAUUGAAUCGGGGUGAGAGAGACUUGGGGGAGGAUAAUUUUCCCCUGCUGUUGCGAGACUUGUUCAGGGCGGCAGCCGUCACGUUGAUGUUCCUCUUCUUCUAAGCCCGCGGGCAGGAACCUGCGAGGAGCGUCCCACGCAAGCCCAGGUCUCGGAUCGACGUCUUUAGUGGUCAACGAGAAUUCCGACGUCGGGUAGCCUCGCAGAUCAAGACUGAGAAUCAGAGUGACUGCAGUAAAGGAGGUGAGAAAAAGCGGACCAUGGCUGAGGGGAUGAUUGCUUCUCAAAGUGAGCCGUGACGGAAUGGUGGACUGCUUGAGCAAAGUCAUGCUGCACACCGUCAUCUCAUGCUGGCAGCCAGUCCUGGGACUGGCUCUGCUGUCCAUCUUUGUGGGCUCCUCCCUGGGCUGCCCCUCCCGCUGCGAGUGCUCGGCACAGACCAAGGCCGUGGUGUGCCACCGCAAGCGCAUGCCCACCAUCCCCGACGGCAUCCCGGGAGAGACCAGGAUCCUGGACCUGAGUAAAAACAAGUUGACCAUGAUCAACCCGGAUGAUUUUGCCGCCUUCCCAGGCCUGGAGGAACUGGACCUGAGCGGGAAUAUAAUCAGCUACGUGGAACCGGGUGCCUUCAAUGCUCUAUUUGGCAUGCACUCGCUCAGCCUGAAGAGCAACCGGAUUAAGCUUAUUCCUCUUGGCGUCUUCUCGGGCCUGGUCAACCUCACCCGGCUGGACGUGAGCGACAAUAAGAUCGUCAUUCUCCUGGACUACAUGUUCCAGGACUUGCACAAUCUCAAGUUUUUGGAGGUGGGCGACAACGACCUGGUUUACAUCUCGCACCGCGCAUUCAGCGGACUUCUGAGCCUAGAGACGCUGGCACUGGAGAGGUGCAACCUCACCGUGGUGCCCUCUGAGGCCCUCUCACACCUCCACAACCUGGUCAGCCUGCACCUGCGAUACCUCAGCAUCAGCACUUUGCAUCCAUACUCCUUCAAAAAGCUGUUCCGGCUGCGCCAUUUGGAGAUCGAUAAUUGGCCCUCACUGGACCACAUCCCGGCAAACACCCUGCAUGGCCUGAACCUCACCACCCUAUCCAUCACCAACACUAACCUGUCAUCCUUCCCCUACCAGGCCUUGAAGCACCUGCCCUACCUGACGCACCUCAACCUGUCCUACAACCGCAUCCGGCACAUUGAAGGUGGAAUGUUGAUGGACCUGGUUCGCCUUCAAGUAUUUCACCUGGUCGGCGCUCAGCUCACCGCCAUCGAACCCUACGCCUUCCAGGGCCUUCGGGGGCUGAAGGUGCUCAACGUUUCUCACAACCGGCUGGACACGCUGGAGAAGGGAGUGUUCCAUUCCCCAGAAGCUUUGGAGGUCCUCCUCAUUGACAACAACCCGCUAGUGUGCGACUGCCGCCUCAUGUGGAUCUUACAGAAAAGGCACUCCAUCUUGUUUGGAGAUUCCCAGCCGGAGUGCAACACGCCCGAGGGGAUCCGAGGCAGGCCUUUCCAGGAGUUUAAGGAAAGCCUGCUCUCCUACUACGUGACCUGCACCAAACCGAAAAUCCGUGAGAACAAAACGCAAACCGUGACAGUGGACGAGGGCCAGCACGCUCUGCUGCACUGCAGCGCCGAGGGGACGCCGAGGCCCACCGUGUCCUGGGUUUCCCCGCGGCGGCGCAUCCUGACGGCCAGGAGCCACGGCAGAGUAACGGUGUACAACAACGGCACCCUGGAGAUCAAGUCGGCCGAGAUUCAAGAUGGCGGCGUCUACCUCUGCCUCGCCUCCAACACGGCCGGAAAUGACACCCUGAUGACAUCGCUGGCCGUCAAGAGUCUGGGCUCCCUGUACGCCAACAGGACCCAGUAUUACACGGACCCCAGCAACACCACGACCAACGGGACCGCCAACGUCACCCUGGGCUUGGACCUAAAGACCAUUUUGGUGUCGACGGCCAUGGGUUGCUUCACGUUCCUCGGGAUGGUCUUGUUUUGUUUCCUGCUCCUGUUCGUCUGGAGCAGGGGCAAAGGAAAACAUAAAAACAACAUCGACGUGGAAUAUGUGCCUCGAUCCAAGUCCAACGGCACCAAUGUGGACUCGGCCGACGUCCAGGCCGGUCCUCAUCGUUUCAACAUGAAAAUGAUGUGACUUGUUUUGUAGAAAAAAAUUCUGGAUCAUCUGUGGAAAAUAACCCAAAGUACAUUCUAUUUUUUUUUCCACACAGAACCACAGCUGACGGACAAGUGGUCACAAAAGACUUUGGGAUAAGAGAAAACGAGCUGGACCUUGAAUACAAUACUGGUAGGAUGUCGGAAUUGCUUCAGGUCAGACGGAAAGUGAAGAGUUUCCAGGGAAAUAAGUGUCAUUGAUCAGCUUUUUGAGAUUUCUAUGCCCUCUCCCGAAAAAAAACAGAAUGCCAUUCGAUGUGUCUGGGUUGGAUCUUCUGGACUUGGCCGAAUCGUGUACAGUCUCAAUUUGUAUCUUAUGCUAAAAAUAACCUUUGUUGAGUCUUGCGCCACAUGCUUUGUCACCCAUCCAAUCAAACAAUGACGGCAACCAUCGCUUCCUCUGUUCAAUACUUUUGCCCAUGUGUACCUAAUGCUUUGUUGUUAUGUACACCUACUGUAUGUACAUACUCAUUAAAAAAUACUCAUAGCAAUAUUCAUGGGAUGCAUUAGCCAAAAUUGAUAUAAACCUAUACUGUAUGUUCAGCAAAAAAAAAAAAAACAAUGUUAAUAACAAAAACAACAUGGAAAAAAAAACCAUUUGAGACUUUUGAAGUUUCCAUAGAUUCAGGAAGGGCUUCUAUGGGUGAUGAUGUGUCCCUGCUCCCUCACGAUUGACUCAGAAAUAAGACAUAUGAAUAAAUAGAUAUUUAUCAAAGGAAAUAUUUUAUUUAUUAAUGAUGUUGGUCAAAGAUCUAUCCUGGACUGCUGUCGGUUGUCCAGUAUAAUUUCUGGACUUUCCCUUGGUGAACCUGAACCACCGUUUUGUCCGACUUGAGUGUCUUUCCAUUACUUUGAAGUGUACCUUUUUGGCUCAUGUGUCAACUUUUUGGCUCGUGUGUCAACUUUUUGCUACAGUGAUAUUUGCAUCGUUUCUUUAUUCUUUCCCCUGUAGAAAAAAAAAUGGACUUUGUUGUGGUAGUUCUUCAUUUUCUUGUUGAAUCAUUUAGAUUGUGACAAUUUAAAAAAAAACAUUAAAAAAAUAUAUAUAUGUAUGUGGAAUAAAUGCAGUUGUAUUUGUA